UGCGUGCGCAAAGCGAGGUAAAACUCGAGUUCUAUGAAAAUUUGUUUAUCGGUACUUGCUACACAAAGAUUCUUCGAAAUGACAAAGAACAAUAAAUGGUUAAUGUAACGGUUGAGACACUAAAAUCGGGGACACCACGAAGUAUUAUCUACACUAUGGCCUUCACGAGUAGAAUUGGACGGACCUUUUGUUUAUUGGUUGUCUGGAGGUUACUUUCCGUAUUUGUGGUUCAAACUGCACACGUGCCUGAUGAAUACUGGCAAUCGCUGGAGAUAGCUCAUCGCAUGGCAUUUGGAUACGGAUACAUAACGUGGGAGUGGGACACCAAAAUACGGAGUUACAUAUAUCCGUUUCUGAUAGCAAUUUUAUAUAAAAUUCUAGCUUUUCUUUGCAUUGACCAUGCUACCGUUUUGAUAACAGCACCGAGGUUAUUUCAGGCAAUCCUUAGUGCAUAUGCCGAUUAUCGGUUCUAUAUUUGGACCCGCAACAAGUGGGCACUGUUUAAUUUGUGCAUUAAUUGGUAUUGGUAUUACUGUGCAACUCGAACAUUGAUAAACAGUGUGGAGACAGCAUUAACCAUUAUAGCUCUCUCAAUUUUUCCUUGGAGAAGUAGCGAUUCUCAAAGUCUUAAAUUUGUAUGGAUCGUUGGUUUCCUGUGCUUUGCGAGACCUACUGCAGCUGUUAUAUGGAUCCCUUUAUGCUUGUAUCAUUUAUGUGCAAAUUCUCGUAGUAAAAUGAAUACGUUUAUGCGGUACAUUGCAAUCGGUAGCAUGAUACUGUUAAUAUCGAUAUCGAUCGAUACGCUAUGUUACAAAGAAUUUGUGAUAACCCCAUGGGAAUUUUUUCGUGCAAAUGUAUUACACAAAGUUGCUGACUUUUAUGGAAGACAACACAUGCUUUGGUAUAUUAUGUGUGGUAUACCAGUUAUACUCGGUCUGCACAGUUUUACGUUAUUGAUAGCAAUUUGGCAGAUCAUUAAAUAUGGCAUCACUAUGCAUAAAGAUGUAAUGAUGCUGUUAAUAACUUGUUGGACAAUUGGCAUUUAUUCUACUCAGUCUCACAAAGAAUUCCGCUUUCUCCUACCAUUGUUGCCACUAUUCAUUCACCUGAUUGCACGUGGCACGACUCAUGUGAAUUACAAAAUCUCAGAAUAUAAAAGAAAGAUUAUCAUUCUGGUACUCUUAAUAAGUAAUCUGUUGCCUGGCCUUUAUUUCUGUUUCAUUCACCAAAGGGGAUCGUUGGAUUUAAUGAAGAUACUAAGAAAUGAAUUAGGAAACGUCAAUGUUACAGAAACAAAAAUUCUAUAUCUGAUGCCAUGCCAUGCAACGCCUCUUUAUAGUCACUUGCAUGUAAACGUAUCGAUAAAAUUCUUAACAUGUGAACCAAAUUUGAACUCUUUGCAAAAUUACACAGAUGAAACGAGUAUAUUUUUUGAGGAACCAAUGGAUUGGCUCAAUCGCAAUUACAUUGAUGAUAAAGAUGCAACUUUACCUACCUAUAUAAUAAUGUUUGAUGACUUGGUCUCUAAAAUAAUACCAUUUUUAAAUGACUAUAAGCUGAUUGCUAAAAUAUAUUAUACCCACUUCCCACAGAACAACUAUGGGAAAUAUAUAGUACUAUACAAGAAAAAAAAUCAGUGAAUAAUUGCAUAAUAAUUCUGCAGUGAUGUCAUUAUC